AAAGACGUCCUGCGAAGCUUUCUAGAAAAGGACCAACGGAAGCUAUAGGCCUCAUGGCCUCAAUACACAAAUCUGAAUGUGAAACUGGCAACUUUUUAAACCUAGUUAGGUCAGUUUGAUUCCUAGUCUUGCUGAGCGAUACUGUGCAAAGAACAAUCCAAGGAAUUCUAUUGAAAUGCAAGCAUUUCACAAAUUCUAGUUUCACCUGCGAAUAUAAAUUUAGAAGACUCCAAUUCGGUUGUGCAAGCAUGACAGCCACUACAAAGCCUCGUCGAGCAUCUGCCAAAGCUUGUCUCAAGGCAAUCUUUGGACUUAAUGCUCGCCAAAACUCUGAUGAUAGCUCUGUAUCGGAAAAUAUUGAAAGUGAGACGUCAGAUUUUGCUAUUGAGAGUGAGAACAAUAAUAUCACAACUGGGGAGAGUGAUUCGAAUAGUGCAAAUGAAGUUGAAGGAUCUAACGACUCCAAAAUUUCAUCCUCAAAUUCUUCAUUACCAGGCUCGCUUAUUAAUGAACCACGCAAAAAAUUAUCAAGUAAAGCUCAACGUUCUGUCUUGAGUGACAAAGGGUGUUUGAGAUCUCCGUUUGUAAAAUAUAUGAGAUCUUGUCGUGGUCAUAUAGAUCGUGAUCCGAGAUCUGUAGUUCCUGAAAAAUUUCUGCAGUCAGUAGGCGCACUGAAACAUACAUUCAGUAAUACACAAAAUCCAUUUCUGUUUUGUCCCAGUGGAUAUAAAUCACAAUUCAUGUGUAGGAAAAAAGCCCUAUAUCCAGCCUCGAGUGCAUGGCUACGAUCACCUAUUUAUAUCAAAAAGAGUCACCUUCCAGAGCCUCCAAUCAGCCCUAUAUAUUUAUCUCAUGAAUUAAACUCAGUUAAAUUAAAAAGGUUUGAAUAUGACAAGGAUUCGAAUUUAGUAUAUGCUGGUGGAGCAGUAACUUGUCUUUCAUGGUGUCCUCCACGUCUUUCUUCACUCCUGGAUUGUGAAUCGAUUGCAAAUGAAUGCUCGUUUCUUGCCACUUCUUCCAUUCCAACACCAGAUUCACAAACGCUCUAUUCUGAUAAUACGAUGAGUUGUCCUGGAUUAAUACAGAUAUGGAAUUGUGGGGUUUUAGGUCUGACAAAAAUGUCAAGUAAUUUAAAUCCUGAAAUCCACUUUAUUAUUUCACAUGAUUGGGGUCGAAUUACCGAUAUGUGCUGGGUACCAGUUUCACCCUUUUCAGGCAUUAAAGAAUUACUGAAUAAAGCUUGUUUGUUUGGAUCAUGCAUGACAACUGUUCCCGAAGUAGAUCGAGUUCUUGGUCAUUUAAUUGUUGCUUGUCAAGAUGGCUUUAUUCGUAUAUUUGCUAUACCAACUUGUCCGAUGAAUUUCGGAGUUGAAAAUUCAUCUGCUUCACAAUUCGCUUAUACGCUUUCGAAAAAUUGUUAUUUCACACUAUCCCCAUCUAUAAAAGAAAAUCCUCAUUGGCUUGGUUGGCCAAUUUGUUUACAUAUUCGCCGUGAAUUCCCAGAUCGCCUUUUUGUGGGUUAUACAACAGGUCAUGUAGGCUAUUAUAAUUUGAGUAGCCUCAAUGAACUGGUUUAUUCGCCUCAAUAUAAUCAUUUAGCUCCAGUAAAAAUGUCACGUUUAACAAGCAGUCCAAUCACAGCAUUGUCUCUUCAUCCUCUUAAUGGAAAAAUGCUGUAUGUACAAGCCUUAGAACGUAUGGGCGGUAUAUGGGAUUUGAAUGACUCUGUGUGCUUCACCUCAGAUUCAAGUGAAAUCAGUUGGAAUCCAGCGCAUGGUUUUAUGGGACGUGAAGGAAUUUGGAUUAGUAAUGGGGAAUUUUUAGUUAAUUCGCGUGAAACAUGGUUUACUUCAACAGCGUCUAAAAAUGCUCAGUAUCCUAGAUGGCCUGCACUAUUUGAUAUAAUGGAUAAUUGUAUUAGUCAGUUUUUACCAGCUGAACCAACUGAUGGUUGUAGCUAUUUAAUACCACUUGGAGUCCAGUCACUUACAAGUGUGGAUUUCAGUGAUUCUCUCAAUGCACUUGUGUGUAGUACAGACAGAGGACGUAUUGAAGUGAUUGCUGAAUCUUUGGAUAAAAGGAAAUGUGAUCCAGCACGUCCAAAAUAUAUGCCUGAGAUGAGAAUACCAUUAUGUCAAUGGACUAUGGAAAAACGACCAUCAGAAGAAUCGAUUCAUCGUAGCCCAUUGAAAAUUGAAGAGAAAUUGGAAGAAUCAGUAGAUUUAACUAGCUGUGAUUUUGACAUAAUAGAUAUUAAUGCAUUUAUGAAUGAAAAUCAAAUUGAUCCCGUACCAAUUAUUACUGAUACUACUAAUACUAGUAGUACUACAACCAAUACUCCUAUCACUACUGCCGUUGCAUCAGAUGAAGAACUAGACGAUGCAGAAUUUCGACGGUCUAUCUUCCCUUCACCCAAUUGUAAACACUGUGGACUUAAUCACUCUAUGUGCUGGCAUAAUCUUUGGUCGAAUUAUCAAAUACGGAUCCUGUUAGAGGAUAAGGUACCUAUGAAACCUGAAUUGGAUUUUAUCAAUACUCCCAUGUUGAGAAUAAAUAAAGUUCGUUUCAAUCCGAAUCCAACAAGUGCAACAUGGAUUGCAGUAGCCAGUAGUAUUGGCUUUAUACAAUUUAUCUGUGUAGAACAAUUAUAUUGUCAAUGCUUCGAUAUUGCAUUAAAUCAAACACCAACUGGAAAAGAUUCCGUUUAUUUAACACAAAUUCCACAAGAUAUUGCUCUCAAUAGACCAGUUAGUUCACACAAAAAAUCACGUAAAUCUCGUAAAGCAGGGACUUCGUCAAACUCAACUAACGUUUCGAGAAAACAAUCUGUACAUAUAAAAUUACGUAAUAAUACUAAAACUGAUGUAACUGCGAAGAGGUCAACAAAAGUUGUUGACAAUGAUUCAUCAGGUGAUAGUAGUGCAACUGAGAUGAUGAUUAACGAUAUGCAUACAUUGAAUAUUAUGGAUGUUAAGCGUGAAAAUGACUCCAUAACACAAGGAAAACGAAGAAGAAGCAAGCGUAUUCAAGCUCAACGCAAUCGCUCGUUUACAUCAACAUCAUCAACUGAUCCAUGUGAAGGAUAAAAACGCAUUCCGACAAUAUAUAUGUAUAAUGUACAUAAAUUACUCUAUAUAUACACAGAUUAUGACUUGUAUUCAUUUAAUUAUGUAAAACCCUAUGACCAUUUUUUUUUCUGAAUGUUUAUCAUUAGUCAAUGAUUUUUUUUUACACAUUUAUGAAAAUUGUUGUCAGUCAUUCUGUUUCACAUGAUUGAAAUUAAAUGUCAAUUUUUACCCUUAUAAAUGUAAAUGGCUAAGUUUAUUACUGAAAGAUUUCCACUUAGUUUAUAUAUCAAAGGAUUGAUAAAACUGGAGUCCAAAAUGUGAAUAAGUAAAAUUAUGUAAUUA